AAACAACAGACCACAUCUGUGUCUAUUUGCUGUGAAGAAAAUAGAAAUUGGAACUGAACUUGAGUACAACUACGGUGAUUGUGAAUGGCCAUGGCGUAAAAAGAUAACGCACAAGCAGACUCCUGCUGUGGCAGCAGAGACUGAGAUGUCCCCCAGACACGGUGCUUUGCAUGAGAAUUCAAACCAAGAUGAUGCGUGUACACAGGUAAAAAUCAGGCAGGCUCCUGCUGUGGCAAUAGAGACUGAGACGUCCCCCAUACAUGGUGCUUCACAUGAGGAUUCGAGCCAAGAUGAUGCUCAUGCACAGGUAACAAUCAGGCAGGCUCCUGCUGUGGCAGUAGAGACUGAGACGUCCCCCAUACAUGGUGCUUCACAUGAGGAUUCAAGCCAAGAUGAUGCUCAUGCACAGGUGUUAACCCUCGUGGAUUAUCCCCUAAGUGAUGAAACAGAUGAGGACUGCAUAGAAGACCCACUUCUAAAUCUACACUGCAAUGAGAUGUACAGAAUAUCAGAUGUUUGUGAGCCUCUGUUUAGUUCAAAUGAGAGCACAGUGGAUGAAACUGAUGAGGAUUCCAUGAAAAACUAUUCUGGUGUGCAUUCAGAGCACAACAUUGUUCCAAAGUUAAGAAGGACAAAGAGCUUAUUGAUGGAUAGGAUACCAGAUUUUUCUGAUGCUCUUUUUGAUUCAAGUGAGGACAGCAGCGAAGGCCCUUCCUUUAAGUCUGAAAGAGCUUCACGAAGGCUGCAACCCAUUCACAAGAGUCUUGUGGAGUCAAGUGACUCAAGUGUAGACAGUGAAGAUGAAUAUAUUCCAAAUCCUGUGGAAGAAAGCACAGACAGUGAUAGGAGCCUUGAACUAGACCUGAAGAAUCGAAAGAGUACAGUUGUAUCUACUAGUAAAAGAAGGAGCAAGCCUUCCAAGUCUUCCAGUCAGAGCAAGAGCAAGUUUUCCAAAUCUUCCCAUCAGAGCAGGAGCAUGUCCCCCAGUCAGAGCAGAAGCAUGUCCCCUAGUCAGAGCAGAAGAUUUGAUGAUUUCACACAAAGAUUUCCUGAAAGCAAUGCUGAAGUGAAUAAAGAGCAAAUCGCCCAAACUUAUACUAACAAGGUGGCAAGCUUUUCAUUGUCUCUUGAAGAAGAGUCAUCUGUCUUUGUUAAUCCAGUUUUAAAGAAGGAGGAUGGUUCAAGAAGAUACAACAAAAAACAUCACUGCUACUAUUGUGGACAAGUCGUUCAGAAGAUGUCAAGGCACUUACUCCGUAGACACCAAGAUAAGGUUGAGGUUGCGAAAGUGUUGAGUUUACCAAAAAACUCAAAGGAAAGGAGACAGCAAUUAGAUUAUAUCCGAAAUAAGGGGAAUUUUGAACAUAACGUUGAAGUUUUGGAGAACAAGAAAGGCAAACUCAUCCCAUGGAAAACUUGA